AUGAGAAGAGUCGUUGUCACUGGACUGGGCGCCAUCACGCCGCUUGGAGCUGGUAUCGAACAGACAUGGCGUCGCCUCUUGGACUCGCAAAGCGGCAUUGUGUCGACAUGCUCCCGAGGGCCACAGUUUGAAGCACUGCCCAGUCGCGUUGCUGGUCUCGUGCCGGCCGGAAGCCGCGAGGAUGGAGCAUGGCAGGCGAAAGACUGGCUACCAGCAAGUGAAGAACGGCAGAUGGCCCUGUUCGCUCAGUAUGCCCUAGCUUGUGCCCAAGAGGCACUCGACGACGCUGGAUGGCAUCCGACGAAGCAAGACGAUCUCGAAGCCACUGGUGUCACUAUGGGCUCAGGCAUUGGCAACCUCGACGAAGCUUACAGCACUUCUGUAGCCUUCCACGAGGGUGGCUACCGCAAAGUGUCGCCUCUAUUCGUACCAAGACUGCUCAUCAAUCUUGCUGCGGGCCAUGUCUCCAUCAAGUAUGGCUUCAGAGGACCGAACCACGCCGCGACCACAGCAUGUACCACUGGUCUGCACGCCGUUGGAGAUGCGUCAAGACUUAUAGCUUUUGGAGAUGCCAAUGUGAUGGUUGCUGGAGGGGCCGAGUCGUGCAUCCAUCCUCUGGCCAUCGCUGGAUUCGCCAGAGCAAGAAGCUUGGCAACAGACUGGAAUGACAAUCCGGCGGCAUCUUCGCGACCUUUCGAUAGAGCCAGAGCUGGCUUCGUAAUUGGAGAAGGCGCUGGAGUGAUGAUCCUGGAGGAACUGGAGCACGCAAAGGCUCGUGAUGCUAAGAUCUAUGCCGAGAUCAAGGGCUAUGGACUUUCUUCAGAUGCCUACCAUAUGACAGCUCCGAAAGUGGACGGCUCUGGCGCUUACCUGGCCAUGAAACAAGCCUUGAAGCAUGCUCAAAUCAAGCCCGAGCAAGUUGAUUACAUCAAUGCUCAUGCAACUUCAACACGCUUGGGCGAUGCUGCUGAGAACCGCGCGGUCAAGACUUUGCUGCUUGGUGAGUAUGGCAAGCACAGAGCAUCGCAAAUCAACGUUAGCAGCACUAAAGGAGCCAUUGGCCAUCUACUCGGAGCGGCAGGCGCGGUCGAGGCGAUUUUCAGUGCACUAUCUGUUUACGAAAACACGCUGCCGCCGACAUUGAACCUUGACAGUCCAGGAGAUCCAGCCGGGGAUUUUAUCUGCAACUAUGUCGCAAAGCAAGCCCAGCAGCAGACUGUCAACGUUGCUUUGACCAACAGCUUUGGCUUUGGUGGCACAAAUGCCAGUCUAUGUUUCGUGAAGUAUACCGGCACCUGA